UUUAGGCAAAAUGUUAAAGUUUAGCACUUUGCUCCUUUUAGUCGGGGCAAAUUUAUCAUUUGCCGCUUUUGACAGCAUUAAUAAGGACUUGGUUGUUAAAUCCUGCGAUAGAACGAUAGAUCUGAGUAGUCAGCUGGUCAAGUUGAACAAUAAACUCAGGUUUGUUUACAUUUCUGUCAUUGACGUCAUUGGAUCUUGUGUCGAGGAUAUUAUAAUAAUAUCUAAUGAUUGUUCGAACUUCAGAAAUAAAAAAAAACAGGUGUCUGAGACUAAAGUUCAGGCCCACCUUGAUAAAGGAUUCUGGAAGAUUGAACUCAAGAACGCUUUAACUCCAGGAGCAUCAGUUACUGUCACAGUAGAGGUUGUACUCGGUGGAGCCCAGGAAAUGUACCCAGCAGCUAUCACUCAAAAAGAAAAACAAUUAACUAGGUAUAUUGGAAAUAUGUAUGUGUAUCUACCCUACACUGUGACUACUCAGAGUACUUCUGUUAUUCUGGCAUCAGCCAACAUUGAAUCUUACACAAAACUCAAACCAGUAACUCAGCAAGAUUCCACUAUCAAGUAUGGGCCGUACUCCAACAUAGCUCCACUAACAGAGGCAGAACUAGUUAUCCACGCAGAGAAUAAUAAUCCUAUGCUUGUAGUAACAAACCUUCUUAGAGUAAUUGAGGUGUCAAUGUGGGGAAAUAUUGCGGUUGAGGAGACCGUUGAUGUUAGGCAUAGUGGGGCACAGCUCAAGGGUUCCUUUUCUCGGUAUGAAUUCCAGCGUGAGAGCUCAGGUGUGUCCAGUGUUAAAAACUUCAAAACCUUACUCCCUGCUGCUGCUAGAGAUGUGUACUACAGGGAUGAUAUUGGAAACAUCAGUACCAGCCACAUGAAGGUGAUGGACGACGCUGUAGAGCUCGAUCUCAGGCCUAGUGUUAAGAGUGGUAUUAGAGCGGUAUUAAAGGUAUUAAAGGGAUUAAAGGUAUCCCAUUCUAAAGUUCUUAGCUCUGUUUAUUUAUCAGGUGACCUUCACGUUCUGAACAUGAGACUUAUCGACCACCUGUUCGACGAUAUGCUGAUUGACGAUGCUGAGGUUCGUGUUAUUCUACCUGAAGGAGUUCUAAAUAUCGAGCUCUCUACCCCCUACCCCGUCAAGAGGGAGAGCAACAAUAAACAUUAUACAUACCUAGACACUACAGGCCGAACUGUGGUUGUGUUUAAAUCUAUCGGAGGACUAACUGAGAACCAUAUUCAGGAUUUUCAGCUCCAGUUCACAUUCCCACACAAGUCUAUGCUGCUUGAACCCUUGAUCCUGGUGACUGCAUUCUUCCUGUUGUUCAUGAUCUCCAUCAUCUACAUGAGGUUGGACUUUAGCAUCAGCGUGGACGAGGGGGCGGAGGUGAAGAUGAAGGUGGCAGGAUACUGUGAGAAGGUUGCCAACCAUCAGGACCGUAGAUCAGCAUUGUAUCAGGCCAUGGAGGAUGCCAUGGUUAAACUCAAAUCCACCAAGGAUACAACUGCUUUCCAGGAUAGUUUGAAGAAGAUCGGAGCAGAACAGAAAACUGAAAGCAAUGCUAUUGGAGAUCUCCAGAACACAAUUAAGAACAUCAAUGCUGAUCUAGGAGAGAAGGUGAACGAGCUUCAGAGGAACGACAAAAUAUUCCGAGAAUUCCAGGGUCAGCAUGCCGGUCUGGUUGAGAAGCUUGUGACCGGAAAGCUGCAGAAGGCAGUCUACCUUGACCAGGAGAAGGUCGUCCUCAAGAAGAAGGAGGAUAUUCUCGACAAGAUCAAUGCUCUUGUCAGAACCCUCUAAGCAAAAUCAAUUGGCUUGGUCGACUUUUAAGAUCGAUUUUCGGGAUCAAUAGUUAAAAACAAUCGUCAAAAUUUUGGGACGAUAUCGAUUGACAAGAUCAACUUUCUUGCAAGUCUAAUUGUCUAGAUCAAUUUACAAGAUCAAUAGUUUAAUCACUCGGUCUUCAGAUCAAUUUAUAAAAUUACCAAGAACAUAAAGACCUUAAAUAAGUAAAAACAGAAGAUCAAAAGUAAACAAAAGUUCAUCAUGGCAAUCCAAUCCAAUUAAGAUUCCGAGUUUUUAAUUUAAUCAUGACAUGCUUUUAACAUUUUUAGCAUAUUUCCAGAAACAUGCUGAGAUUUUUUACUGGUUAAAUGUUUCCAGCACCAUUUGAAAAUUAUUACAAUUUAAUGAAGUUAAUGAAUUUAAUGAAUUUAAUGAAUUUAAUGAAUUUAAUGAAUUUAAUGAAUUUAAUAAAUUUGCUUGUUUUGUUUGAUCAUGGUGUAUAUCGGCAAUGUGUUGCUAUUAUUCUCAUUUUGUAUGAAUUCUGAAGAAAAUGUUUUUUGUUGCGUUUGUUACUUCUUGUUUUAAAAAUUUGCCAGUGCAGCAUUUGAUGCAUUUUACCGUGUGCCCUUUUGUGUACCAGGGGUUACUGUAUACUUUCUUAUUAUAUACAGUAAAUUCUUGAUAAUUGUACAGUUUACAUUGCACUAAUGUGAUUUUUUCCUUGUAAUAAAUACUUUUGUUUCUUAA